AUGGAGGCUGAGUUGGGAGUUGGGGUGUUCGUUGUGGCUGUAGGAUUUUAUAUCUUAUGCUCGCUGUAUCUGCUACGUAACCCACUUAUUCUCCACAAGAAGAAACAUUUAGCCUUUUGCAGCAGACACAUUUCUCACAGAGGCGGUGCAGGUGAAAGGAUAGAAAACACUAUGGAAGCUUUUACACAUGCAGUGGAUGUGGGAACUGAGAUGUUGGAACUGGACUGCCAUAUAACUCGAGAUGGUUAUGUUGUGGUGUGCCAUGACAAAAACCUUGAACGACAGACAGGAUUUGACGUGGACAUCUCUUUGGUUAAAUUUCAGGACUUGCCACUCUAUAGAAAGAAGCUUGAGGUCACAUUCAAUGCUGGGCAAUUUGGUACGGGACAGGACCGGAGAAUUGCCCUGCUGGAGGACGUCUUCAAGAAAUUCCCCCAAAUACCAGUCAACAUCGAGGUUAAACAAAACAAUGAUUUGUUGAUACAAAAGGUCUCCUCCCUGGUGAAAAAGUAUGACAGGGACAACAUCACUGUCUGGGCCUCUGAUGACGCGCACAUCAUGGCAAAAUGCAGGAAACAGAAUCCUUUCAUGCCAUACAGUUUCACCAUUAGACGAGGAAUCCUUCUGCUAAUACUCUAUUAUACUGGACUUCUGCCCUUCUGCCCUCUGGGAGAAAGUCUGUUGCAGUUCUACCUGCCCAGAGUAUUCAACAGGGGUUAUAUUCCAGAGGAGUCUUUUCUCAAGAACAGAAUUGUGGUCUCUCUCAUUGAAAAGCUGACUAUGAGAAAGUCUUUAUUUGAACACUUGGUGAAGCGAGGCAUGCAGGUGCAGUUGUUUGUAUGCAACAAGGAGCAGGACAUGGCUGUGGCUUUCACAUUCGGUGCUACAGGAGUGAUGUCUGAUUAUCCCACCAUCCUAUCAGACUACCUACGAAAGCACCCUGCUGUUUAAGUUUCUCACUGCAAAGAUGUGACAACAAAAAACAAGCAACAACAUUCCAGUGUUACACCAUGAUCAUGUUUAUUCCUUUUAAAUCAUUUCAGAAAUUUAGAAAUCCAAUGUGAAUGAUCAGAAUAGGUGCAAUGAUACUUCAGCAGAAUAACUUCAGCGUGACGAGCUUGAGAUAAUGAGAUCACAUGACCUGCAGCGGGUCUUUGUCUUUUUUGGAGAUAAUUACAGUAACACAGUCUGGUAGAUGUGCAGAUAGCUGCUUCUUAAACACACUGAGGAAACCCCUCUCGCUGUUACUGUGCUCACUCAGAAUCACACUCGUGCCUUUAGAAACAGCAUCCAGCACCUCGUGAUGGGACAUCUCACCUGAGAAAAAAAAAAAAAUUACACAUCAUUCUUAGCUCUUAAUGCAGGGGUUUACAAACUAAAGGGUCACGACUCCAUGUGGGGAAACUUUAUAUUACACGUUAAAAACGCUCUAACUAUGAAGAGACAUUGUGUGCUACUGACUGUACUUUGUCUUUUUUUGCUGCA